AUUCUUUUGCAUAAUUCAUUUUCUCAUUCUGAAUCCGUUCUUCAAAUAAUGGAGGUACGGAGCUUGGUUGUUUCGAUGAACCCUAAUUUAUCUUCCUUUGAGCUCUCUCGUCCAGUAUCUCCCAUCACUCGCUCACUCGUUCCGUUCAAAUCGGCCAAACUUCGUCCCCGCUCCAUUCCUAGGGUCUCUGCGUCGAUCUCCACGCCGAAUAGUGAAACUUCUUCAUCUGACACCGACAAGAUCUCUGUGAAACCUCUUUACGUCCCUACGCCUCCUAAUCGCGAGCUCCGGACUCCUCACAGUGGAUACCAUUUCGAUGGAACAGCUAGGAAGUUCUUCGAGGGAUGGUACUUCAGGGUUUCAAUCCCAGAGAAGAGGGAGAGUUUUUGCUUUAUGUACUCUGUGGAGAAUCCUGCAUUUCGUCAGAGUUUGUCACCAUUGGAGACGGCUCUAUAUGGACCUAGGUUCACUGGUGUCGGAGCCCAGAUUCUUGGCGCUAAUGAUAAGUAUAUAUGCCAAUACACUCAGCAGUCUCACAACUUCUGGGGAGAUCGACAUGAGCUAGUUUUGGGGAAUACUUUUAGUGCCGUGCCAGGAGCAACGCCUCCAAACAAGGAGGUUCCACCAGAGGAAUUCAACACAAGAGUGUCAGAAGGAUUCCAAGCUACCCCAUUUUGGCAUCAAGGUCACAUUUGCGAUGAUGGCCGGACUGACUAUACGGAAAUUGUGAAAUCUGCUCGUUGGGAGUAUAGUACUCGUCCUGUUUACGGUUGGGGUGAUGUUGGAGCCAAACAGAAGUCAACUGCAGGCUGGCCUGCAGUUUUUCCUGUAUUUGAGCCUCAUUGGCAGAUAUGCAUGGCAGGAGGCCUUUCCACAGGAUGGAUAGAAUGGGGUGGUGAAAGGUUUGAGUUUAGGGAUGCACCUUCUUAUUCAGAGAAGAAUUGGGGUGGAGGCUUCCCAAGAAAAUGGUUUUGGGUCCAGUGUAAUGUCUUUGAAGGAGCAAGCGGAGAAGUUGCUUUGACUGCAGGUGGCGGAUUGAGGGAGUUGCCUGGAUUGACUGAGACAUUUGAAAAUGCUGCACUGGUUUGCGUACACUAUGAUGGAAAAUUGUACGAGUUUGUUCCAUGGAAUGGUGUUGUUAGAUGGGAAAUGUCUCCCUGGGGUUAUUGGUAUAUAACUGCAGAGAACGAAACCCAUAUGGUGGAACUAGAGGCACGAACAGAUGAAGCGGGUACACCUCUGCGUGCGCCUACCACAGAAGUUGGGCUAGCUACGGCUUGCAGAGAUAGUUGUUACGGUGAAUUGAAGUUGCAGAUAUGGGAACGGCUAUAUGAUGGAAGUAAAGGCAAGGUGAUACUAGAGACAAAGAGCUCAAUGGCAGCGGUGGAGAUAGGAGGGGGGCCGUGGUUUGGGACAUGGAAAGGAGAUACGAGCAACACGCCCGAGCUACUCAAACGGGCUCUUCAGGUCCCAUUGGAUCUUGAAACCACCUUUGGUUUGGUCCCUUUCUUCAAGCCACCUGGUCUGUAACAUUAAUGAGUGUUUUGUUUGUUGAUAGAGAGAUCCAUGUAAUCAAGACGGAGUUUAUGUUAUUGCUAGCGUAACUAAUCUGUAUGGGUCAGUUCAUUCGGUCCUUGUAGUAAAAUAUACGGGCCGGUGUAAAGUUUAUAGUUCAAUAAAGCCAAUUGGUCUCUUUCGCUUA